CCAAAGAUGGGAGACGACUUCAAAAAGAGAUACCGCAUUUUCAUAUUUCCACUCCAUAAUCCAUACUCGUAAAUGAAUACGUACGUAGAUAUCUGUGAUUAGCGAUGCAAUGUUAAAAGAGGCAGUAAGGAUCGUACCUAUUGUAUUUAUAUAUAGCUGGUUCGAGCACUAGCUGAGUGCCAAAACGAAUUAAUAAGACGACAACACAAUUACAGUAAUUUUCUGAUAUUUGAAUAAGAUUUGUUUUUAUGAGAAAAUUAAAUUUGAAAAUCGGAAGGACUAUAUAUGUUGUAUGUGGUCGAUGUAAAUCGACACAUCAAAUAAUAUUAAUUCGGUAUUGGGUUUUGCCUUUCGAACAAUCACUACUUCUAUUGUAUAUUCUCAACAUUUAAAAUGUGAAAACGAGGAGGGCUCGAUGGCAGAAGUCGAGCCAAUGGAAGAUCAAGUUGAAGAAGCUAGUGGGGUGAUCUACAAAUGUGGCGAGUGUCUAACUUUAUUUGAAAAUGAAGACGAGGCCAAUGCCCACGUUCAGGAGUGUUCCCUUCCGCUUAUAGAGGAGACCGUCGCCGAAGAAAUUUCUGUGCCAGAAGAUCAAGUGAUACAAGAUGAAGAAACCGAAUUCCAGGCCGUGGAGGAAGUCCGCGAGGAACAAUCCGAGGAACUAGUAACCACCGCUGACGCUCAAGAAGACCCAUCUGGCGCCAUUUCACGGGAUCAACAACAAACGGUCGUAUUCGAGUGCCGUACGUGCGGACUACGGUUUCGAACGCCUCACGCAUACGCCAAUCAUUACGUAUCAACACACGCUGCAUCAUCGACAGCCUGUCCGAUAUGCGGGAACUGGUACUCGACUCGAUCCAAUCUAAAGGCACAUAUAAUGUUACACACAGGGCUCCGUCCACACGCCUGUCCCAUUUGCAACAAGCGUUUUGCUGUACUUAGCAACUUACGCUGCCACCUAAGAAUUCAUGAGAAUCGCGUUAAGUGUCCGCACUGCCGACGAACACUAGCGUCACCGGCUGAGCUCGAAAGUCAUACAAAAACAGCCCAUGCGGCUGUCGUGGCCACUGGUUCAAACUUAUCCUGCCCAUAUUGCCAGAAAGAGUUCUCGCACGCUAGCACCUUGCGCGGCCACAUACGAAACCAACACACGGACGGUGCUCGCAAUCUUGUUUGCGAAUACUGUACGAAGGAGUUCAGCAACCGGUCUAACCUUGAGGUGCACAUUAGAAGUCAUACCGGCGAGAAGCCUUUCGAAUGCGGGAAGUGCGGCCGGGCGUUCGCGGUGAUGAGCAACCUCAAAGCUCAUCUCCGCAUUCACAACGGUGAUCGGCGUCACCCGUGCAAUCAGUGCAAUAAAUCCUUUUACUCAAAAUUUGAUUUGCGUCAGCACAGUUACACGCAUACGGGCGAACGACCCCACGAAUGCGACCUCUGUGGAGAACGAUUUGCCAAGGUCGGCAAUUUGAACGCUCACCGAAUGACACAUAUCAGCGAAAAACCUCACAAAUGCGAAAUCUGUGGGGCGGGAUUUUCCAAGGCCGAACUGCUUAGCAAACACACGAGGCGGUUCCACAAUCCGAUGAAUACGCAGUGUCCAUUACAGUGUGCAUUCUGUGGACAGUACUUCCAACAAGUGAAACAGUGCCGUGAACACGUAAAGGAGGCACAUGCUGCCGACUCAUUAAGCGCUAAAGUCUGCUGCUCGCAUUGCCCUCGAAAGUUCGUCACAGAAACACAGUUGGCCGAGCAUGAAAGAACACUGCACAAGCUUCAGGCCACCCUUUUCUGCAAAUAUUGUCGCCGGCCAUACGCGAAUGAGUCGAAACAUCGGAAGCACGAGGAGUCGGGGGUGUGUCUUCAGCGGCGAUGCAAAAUUUGCUGGCGCCAAUGCAAAAGCCCUAGCGACUACGAAGCGCACGUGCGGACACACAGCGAUGAACGACCAUUCGCCUGUGAGAUAUGCGAUAAACACUUUAACAAAGAGGUGAAUCUUGUCCGGCAUCGUUUGGUCCACAAGGGCCUCCGAUACAACUGUAUGGUGUGCUUUAACAAAUUCCUUUCAGAAGCGGCUAUUCAUAAACAUAUGCAACAGGCACAUCCGGGCAUGUUCCGUGGCAAACUCUACGUAAACGUUACAGAUGGGACAGGCGGUUCAACAAAGUUGAUCAUUGUUAAUGCUCCUAAUGACGAAGGCAUGUUGCUUGAAGGAGCCCAGGUAGUGAUUCGAGAGGGCCAUCAACAGGUGGUUCAGAUCGAAGGAACAGGUCAGCAGCAAGAAAAACAAUUGCAAGUACUUGUUAAAGGUGAAUCUGGAGCCGCAAUAACAGAAGGACUACUUGAACAUGUCGAAGAGGGUGAGGCAGAGGCGGUGGCAUUAGAAACGCUUCAUGAGGGGGAAGACGUCUCACAUUAUGAAACAAGUCGUUAUGUAAUGAGAAGCAGAGUAAAGCUGAUCACGUAACUUGAUCGUACGACACCUUAUUAAUCAAUGUUAUAUAAAAUUUUUCAUUACUAGAUGCUUUUGGAGCCAUACGUGUUGUGUAGAUACGACUUAUUUGGAUCGAGUCUGAAAUUAAAGAAGGGGUUUUCCUUUGUGUGUAACGAUGCUGGUUUCUUAUUCUGGUUUCGCUAGGGUUCUCUAGGCCAUCAUACAAAACUAUAAUUCUUCGAUCUAUAAUUUGAUCCAGCUUUGGAUACUGUAAGUUAAACUGAAUAAAAUAUAUUGUACAUAAUGUGUAUAGCGGUUUUUUCAAUUUCGGUUUCUACCACCGGUUUAUAUAGUAAUCAAUAAAAAGUUGCGUGUCACGUAAUAGAAUCUGUUAACUAUCAACCCUUUUCAAACUUAUAUCGCCAAGUGGACCACAAAUUUCAAUAAAUUGGUUGUUCAAAGAUUGUCCUAACGUACACAGGUUAUUUUACUGGAGAGCUUUGUAUGUUAAGUAAUGCCUGAGUAAAAUUAGUAUUCCACAAUUGUAGUUAGAAUUAAUAAUCUGGAACAACCUAGUGCUUGAACUCUGACUACUCUGGAAUUAAUUAAAAUUGUUAUUAUUAUUUUAAUAAUUAAAACUGUGAAACCGUUUGAGAAUAACAAAAAAUCUCUAAAUAAUAUCCUAACCGGAGGCAACCUCCGUAUUGUCAGCACUUUAACCUUUAAUCAUUUUUCAAGCUACUGAAUUCAACCACAGGAAAGUAUAAUCUGUAAACUGUAGAAACUAGUGAAUUUUUUGACUAGAAGUUACUUAUUAGCAGUAGACUCACAUGCAAGCAGUAGCCUAGUCAAGUGUUUAAUAUUUAAAUCUAGGUAUUUCACAUGAGUUCAAUCGGAUACUUACUGCAUUUAUUAUUGGGCGGCAACCCAACUCAGACUUUUUGAAACUAGACUUAUUUAAAUGUGACAGAUUACUGUCGAUUUUUUAAGAAAUCCUUUUACAAAGGAGAUCUUAUGUAGACGAAUGAAAAUUAUAGGUGUUUAGUAUAUCAUAUUUGAAGGUUAAACAACGCAUUCUACGUAUUUUUGGAGCUUGCUACAAGAUUCGAUGUGCAGGAAUUAGCGUAGUAGCCAAAAGCAUCCAGAAAAUAAAUCAAGACUAAGAAUCGAGAAUUGGAUUCGAGAAAAACAAUACAGGAAUAAGCGAGGUACUUGUGUUUCUUUUUUCAAAAACAAACGAAACACAUUUGGUUCACUCAGUUUGGUUUGCAUACCUCCACCGCUAAAUCAGGUGUGGACAUACCAGAGAUGACGGCAAAACACAAACGCAUGUGUGCCUGAGUUAAAAAUUUCUUUUAAAAAUGUUUGUUUUGGUAUCAUCAUUAAAACGAAUUUUCUUCACAAUAAUGCAUAUUCUCAAAUAAGCUAUAGUAUAGUGAUUUCUUUUCCUAGGUAAAUACUUGUGUAUAAUCACUAUUUUUACAGAUCUGGCACAGGUAACAAACACGAUUAGCCUAAUCGUUCUUUUAAAGCCAACGAUUGACUAAUGUCAUCAAAAUUAAUCAAUAUACUAAAAAAUUUCUUUCCAAAAUAACUAUGUUUUGCUUACGAUACCAAAUGUCAACGAUGUAUUUGACGUAACCUUUAUUUACCUAUCUCCACAUAACGUCUUGCGUAAAGUCUGCUGAACUCAACUGAAAAGCCGCACUGACCACUAAAUCAGACAGUUCCCCAUGCAAAUCGAACAAAGCGCCAAUAACACAGAUGGGUAAAACUCCGAAAAAAGAUAACAUAAUCUUAAUUUUAUUUACUGAUCUAAAUUUACAUAAAUAUGUACUCAGCACUUGGAGUGGUGGAGGCGUCUGUUUGCGUUUUUAAUGACGUUCUUUAUCUGUCUGUUGUUGUCUGUUUGAGUGUUUGUUUGUGUUUAUUGUUCCCUUUUUUACUGUAACUCUUGUAUUAUUGUAUCUCUAUUAUGGUAGCGCUGCGGAGUUCAACACUGUCUUUUCUGCUUUUCUGUGAUUCGCGUUUAUCUUCUGCAUAUAGAAGACGCGCGUCAGCGGAGAAUACUUUACAUUUCUCUGUUCAUUUAUUUCGUCUCUGUUCAUCUAUUUCGCAGUAUGCCUUCUCCUUUUCACCAUUGUGUUUAAACUAUUCAUUAUUCAAUGCGUUGUCUCUUCCCGUAUCCAUACUUUUUCCUAUUCAAAAGACUUUCUUAUGUCGAGCUUCCUCUUAUCGUCCGUCUUUACUUUUGCUAUGCAACGGGUUAACGACCACAGCAAGCUAGAUACACGAGAUACAAUUUGCUUUUGUCUCUGAAUUAACUGUUGUUCCUAACUUACAACUUGCGAUACUCGUAUCUCCAUCCAUUCGAUAGUUUGUUACCACGUGCACUGUUUACUUUUGUCAUCAAGAAUCCUCUUCUUACCCCAGUAACUGCUUUCCACACCUAUUUUUAGGAUAGUCACUACUGACUAUUUUACCAACUUGCCUAGUACUUAUUUACUAUCAGUACUCACGCUCCAUCUUCCCCUUAGAAAUUCUCUCCAUAUUUUUACCCCUCCUCAUAUCAGUCGGAGUUAAGACCACGUACCCUCUUCAGUCAGUCGAGCAAGACCUUCUGCUGUCACUGCUUUUACGAUAUACCUUGUGGGAUUUAUUAUAUAUAGUUUUUAUAUAUAAAAUAUUUAGGCCCCCACAAGCUAACCAACCGAUAAACACGCUGUUUUUUUUUCGCUUUGAUGAUUUGUCUUUUUCGACUUUUUUCCUUUAUUUGUCGUUAUUUUAUCGUUCGACCACUUAUAGUAAUGAGAGGACCCGCUCGUGUGCUAUCUUGGGUUUCACAUACACACCUUGUCUUUGCUAAUAUUCUUAAUUUUCACACUUCAGGGCUAUAGCAAUAACUUACUUGUUACCAUCAGCGUCAUCAUUAUCAUCAUAAUCGUAUUUCGUAAUAGUGCUUUUAUCGAACCUUUUCGGUUUUUAUAAUAUCUAUAUGUGAGUGUAUAUAAAUUAAUUACAUCAGGAUGAUAUCAUUGUAUCAUAAUGGGAUAGCCUGCAAAGGUAAUGUACACAGAGCUUUCGCAUCAACUGGCGUUUGUUAUCCUUUUGUUUAAGUUCCGUGUUUACGUACUGGUAGAUGUGUUUUUUGCUUUAAAAUUGCUGCUAUUGUUGUUAGUUUUGUUUUUCUUUGCUAUUGUCAUUGUGUGGUUAGCUCAAGUGAUUGUUUUAUUAAUUUUAAUCGAACUUUUUGUUGAUGCGGCGAGGAUUUUGUAUGUCGUUUGUGUGUUUUAGUCAUCAUUAUCAAUAUACCGUUAUUAGUAUACUAUUAUAUAUUACAAUGGAAAAACAUUUCCACUUCAUCUCCUAAGCUGUCCCAUCCUGAGUUCUUACCCUAGACGAUGAUCAACCGUUGUAAAGAGGGGUACCUAGAUGCAGGCGGUACUCUCUCUCGUAUCCUACGGAGUUGAGCUCAAAAUCUAUAGUUAUAUUCCACUUCGGGUAUUACUUUUACGGUAUUACAGAUUUUCUCAUCGACCAACUCUACUACAACAAAGUUUCCGUCACUCCCUUCUGUUGUUUUUGAUAUAUAUAUAUAUAUAUACAUAUAUAUAUAUAUAUGAGUGACCGACAAAAAAAAUAAUAUUAUAU